UCUUCUAUACUAAUUCCCGCCCUCUAGGGUUUUAGUUCUUCUCCUCCCUUCUUAGUCCAAAAGGGGGUUUUAAGUUUCUGAAUCUACCCACUCAAAUCCAAACUAGAAUAAAAAAUCAACUGAACCUUCAACUUGUUCUCAUCUUAAUCUUCAGAAUGGAUACGGAAAUGGAGACUUCUCCAAGUUAUUUCGAUCCAGAAGAUCUUAGUUCCAGAGAUACAUUCCGUCGAUACGGGAAAAGGAAUUUUUCUCCGUACCAAGAGAGUAGACCUAAUGGGGCAUUACUUCUUGAUGAAAUUAAACAAGAAAUUGAGGAAGGAGGAGGGGAUUAUUAUAAUAGGUUUGAUGGAAGAAUGGGGAUGACACCGUUUAAAAGACGAUUGGGUAGUGUUGAUGAUGAUGACGAUGUUGGUGGGGUUAGACGAAUUAAGAAUGAGGAUGUUGUUAUUGGUGAUGUGUUUGGUGUUGAUAGUGGAGAAUCAUCGACUUAUGCCGUGUUUGCUUCGUUACUUGAUCCUGCGAUUCAAGGAUUGAUGCCUUUCCCUGACCUUAUAUUGCGUUUCGAGGAGACAUGUCGAAAUGUGUCAGAGUCUCUUAGGUAUGGAUCGAGCGGAAGGCAUCGAGUUGUAGAAGAUAAGUUGAUAAGGCAAAAGGCUCGUUUGCUGCUUGAUGAAGCUGCUUCUUGGUCUCUUCUGUGGUAUCUAUAUGGAAAAGGGAAUGAAGAGCUUCCACAAGACUUGAUUCUGUCUCCAACAACUUCACACCUGGCGGCAUGCCAGUUUGUCUUGGUAGACCAUGAAGCACAAUCAUGCCUUCGAAUUGUCCAAUGGCUUGAAGAGUUGGCCUCUAAAGCGCUGGAUUUAGAAAAUAAGGUCAAAGGAUGUCAUGUUGGUACCCAUCUGCCAAGCUCUGGAGUUUGGCAUCAAACUCAAAGGUGUCUAAAGAAGAGGCUUGCUGAUACUUCCAUUAUUCAGCACUUGGAUUUUGAUGCUCCAACACGUGAAAUGGCUCAACUAAUGCCUGAUGACAAAAAACAAGAUGAAUCACUUCUAGAAGAUGUCUGGACUUUAUUACGAGCAGGUAGACUGGAGGAGGCAUGUGAGCUUUGCCGAUCUGCUGGGCAGCCGUGGAGAGCUGCAACUCUAUGUCCAUUUGGAGGAUUGGACUUAUUCCCCUCAAUUGAAGCUUUGAUGAAGAAUGGGAAGAAUCGAACUUUGCAAGCCAUUGAGUUGGAAAGUCGUGUUGGUCACCAAUGGCGUCUAUGGAAAUGGGCUUCUUAUUGUGCCUCUGAGAAGAUGGCGGACCAAGAUGUCGGGAAAUAUGAGGCAGCUAUAUAUGCGGCCCAGUGCAGUAACUUGAAGCGCUUGCUUCCUAUAUGCACGGACUGGGAGUCGGCAUGCUGGGCAAUGUCAAAGUCAUGGCUUGAUGUUUUAGUAGAUUUAGAGCUAGCCCGAUUAGAACCUGGCAGACUGGAACAACUGAGAAGAUAUGGGGAUGAAAUAGACGAAAAUGCAGGACAGGGAUAUAAGGCCCCUUCACUUGGUACAGAAAGCUGGCCAUGCCAUGUUCUCACACAGCAACCACGAGAUCUUCCUGCCCUUCUUCAGAAACUCCAUUCAAGUGAUUUGGUACAUGAAGCCGUCUCUCGAGGAUGCAAAGAGCAGCAUCGGCAAAUUGAGAUGAAUCUCAUGGUUGGAGAUAUUCCGCAUGUUCUGGACCUUCUGUGGUCAUGGAUAUCAUCUUCAGAUGAUGAUCAUUCCGGAUUCAGGCCUCAUGGUGAUCCUCAGAUGAUUCGCUUUGGUGCACAUCUAGUGCUUGUUCUUAGAUAUCUGUUGGCUGGCGAAAUGAGGGAUACUUUCAGAGAGAAGCUUAGGACUGUAGGUGACAUCAUUCUCCAGAUGUAUGCCAUGUAUCUGUUUUCGAUGCAGCAUGAGGAGUUGGUAGGGGUUUAUGCUUCUCAGCUUGCACGCCACCAUUGUAUUGAUCUUUUUGUGGAGAUGAUGGAAGCCCGACUGAACAGAAGGGUUGACGUCAAAUAUAAAAUCUUUCUCACUGCAAUGGAGCAUUUACCAUUUUCUCCUGAUGAUACGAAAGGAAGUUUUGAGGAGAUAAUUGAUAGGGUUUUGAUGAGGUCUCGAGAAAUCAAAGCUGGUAAAUAUGACGAGGAAACAUCAGAUGUUGCUGAGCAGCACAGGUUGCAGAGUCAUCAAAAAGCUAUGGCAAUUCAGUGGCUCUGUUUCACGCCUCCGUCACACAUCAUUGAUGCUGAGGUUAUCACGGCGAAACUUCUUUUAAGAGCUUUGAUACAUAGUAACACACUGUUCAGGGAAUUUGCUCUGAUUUCUAUGUGGAGAGUUCCUAAAAUGCCCAUUGGAGCGCACAUGCUACUCAGCUUCCUUGCUGAACCUUUGAAACAGCCUACAGAGAAUCUCCAUUCGCUUGAAGACCAUAAUGCUUCUGAGAACUUACUAGAAUUUCAAGACUGGAGGGAGUACUAUUCUUGUGAUGCAACAUACAGGAAUUGGCUUAAAAUAGACUUGGAAAAUGCGGAGAUUCCUCCAGAUAAUCUUUCUUCUGAAGAAAGAGAGAGAGCAAUUGCAGCGGGAAAAGAAACGAUAGACUCAUCAUUAGCAUUGCUACUAAGAAGAGAACCAUGGUUGACUUCCUCUGAAAAUCACAUAACCGAAUUGUUGGAGCCUGUAUACCUCGAAUUACAUGCAACGGCCAUGUUAUCUUUGCCUACUGGAGAAUGUAUGCGUCCAGAUGCCACUUCCUGCACGACAUUGGCGAGCGCUCUUUAUUCUUCCGUUAGUGAAGAAGAUGUUUUAAAACGUCAGCUGAUGAUUAAUGUUUCCAUCUCCCCUAAAGACAACUAUUCUAUUGAGAUAGUGCUUCGUUGUUUGGAAAUGGAAGGUGAUGGAAUUGGUCGGCAUGAGAAUAACGAUGGUGGUGUUCUUGCUACUGUCAUGGCAGCAGGCUUCAAAGGUGAAUUAGGCCGAUUUCAAGCCGGAGUUACUAUGGAGAUAUCUCGAUUGGAUGCUUGGUUUUCAACCAAGGAGGGAUCUGUCGAAGGCCCAGCAACAUAUGUUUUGCAUGGCCUUUGUCGCCGAUGCUGUCUUCCUGAAAUUGUUCUCCGUUGUAUGCAGGUUUCUGUUUCCCUCGCGGACUCCGGUAGUAUACCAGAGAACCAUGAUGAGCUGAUUGAAUUAGUUGCUUCCGACGAAUCCGGUUUGCUCCAUCUGUUUAGUCAACAACAGUUGCAGGAGUUUUUAAUAUUCGAAAGGGAGUAUUCAAUAUUCAAAAUGGAGUUACAAGAGGAAUUCUCUACGGAGGAUUCUUAGACUUGGAUAGAAAGCUUAUGGCAUCAUGUAGCAAAAUAUAUGGAGCUUGGCUUGUUAUUCUUUAAGCAGAAUCAAGUAUCGCCUGCAAUAUUCAGCAGCUCGAGAUAAAUAUGAACUGCGUGUAUACAGAAAAAGUACUGAAAGCAUCAACUUUACUGAAGACGUUUAUUCUCUGCUCCAAGAAUUUGGACAUGACAGAAAUUUGUAGCAGCAUCAACAACCAAUUAAUGUAGUUCAUGAUGUAAUAUUUUGUUUAUUAGUAUCAAUUUAAGUCGCUCAGAAGAUCAGAUCAAAAAGCGGUGUGUUGGUGUUAUUUCACAUGGUUCCUGGUUACCAUAGUAUUUGUACUCUUGUCUGCAGGAAUGGAAGGUGGUACAUGUAUAAAUGCGCAUGCUUGAAACUUCUUAAUACAUACCUCUGUCCGUUCCUGUUUCGUUCUAAAUAUGACUCCAGAGUCCAGACGGCUGUAAAAUGGUGAGAAUAGGUCACAGAGAGGGAGGAAUAGAGGAGCAGCUAUAAACCAUGGGAAAACUGAGCAAGGAUUUGGGAAUAAGAGAGGAAAGUAGGGAGAAAAAGCUGGUUAUGAUGUGAUUUUUUCCUUGGUGAAUACAGUUACGAUUAUUGUGCUAUCAGAUAGGCGGAUAGCUGGUCCCGGCCAUUAGCAUCAAAGUGCCCAUUGGCAUCUAAAGAGGAUUGCCCCCACUUCCCACAACCCCGUUAGAUUCUCAACCCCACAUUGGAUUUCAGAGCAAGGUCAUGGUUGUAGUUUUGCAGGUCUACUACAUGUACUGUAUUUUUACACAGUUUUUUUACCUUUUUAUAGGGUUGAUAUGAAGUAAAAAUACCUGAGCCUGAGGUAAUUGGGCGGAUCGACCAGAGGGCCUGAAGGAAGGGAGUCCCUUUUAUGAUCACUUUUUUGUAAAAUGAAACCUCAUGCAAAUGUGCAGGUUGAUAAAAAGAUUGGAAAUCUUUAGUGUC